AUGGGCGCCGCAGGCUCGUCUGCCCUGGUCCUCCUCGGCCUCCCCGCGCAGCGCCUCUCCGCGCAGCCCAGGCCCCGGUGGCUCGGGGUCGCUGCGCUGGGACUGGCCGCGGUGGCGCUGGGCACCUUGGCCUGGCGCCGCGCACGACCCCGGAGGCGCAAGCAGCUGCGGCAGGUGGGCACCGUGUCGCAGCUGUGCAUCUACCCGGUCAAGUCCUGCAAGGGGGUGACAGUGAGCGAGGCCGAGUGCACUCCCAUGGGGCUGCGCAGCGGCCACCUUAGGGACAGGUUUUGGCUGGUAAUUAAAGAAGAUGGACAUAUGGUGACUGCCCGUCAAGAGCCUCGCCUUGUGCUUGUCUCAAUCACCUAUGAGAACAACUGUCUGACCCUGGAGGCCCCGGGAGUGGACAAGAUGGUUUUGCCCACCAAGAUGCCUUCUUCCAACGCACUUCAGGACUGCAGGAUAUUCGGUGUUGACAUCAAGGGCAGAGACUGUGGUGAUGAGGCAGCUCAGUGGUUCACCAACUUUUUGAAAACGGAACCCUACAGGCUGGUUCAGUUUGAAACCCACAUGAAGGGAAGACUGUCAAAGAAAAUCUUUUCUCCUACUCUACCAGAUUAUGAGGUGGCCUACCCAGACUGCAGCCCAGUGUUGAUCAUCUCAGAAGCCUCCCUGGCAGAUCUGAACACCAGGAUGGAGAAGAAAGCAAAAAUGGAGCAUUUCCGGCCAAACAUAGUGGUGACGGGCUGCAGCGCUUUUGAAGAGGACACCUGGGAUGAACUCCUGAUUGGAAAUGUGGAACUGAAGAAAGUUUUGGCCUGCCCCAGGUGCAUUAUGACCACUGUGGACCCCGACACUGGAGUCAUUGACCGGAAGGAGCCACUGGAAACCCUGAAAAGCUACCGCCUGUGCGAUCCCUCUGAGAAGCAUAUAUACAAGUCGUCUCCGCUUUUUGGGAUCUAUUAUUUGGUAGAAAGAGUUGGAAGCAUGAGAGUUGGUGACCCUGUGUAUCAAAUGGUGUAG